UAGUUAGUCCAAGUGGAGUUUCCGUAGUUAAUCUCUGCAAGACGUCGCAUUCCCACGAGUAAAAUGUUGAGGCUGCCGGAUCAGUUUCAUAACCGCCUUACGGCGUCCUUUUCGCCAUUACUUUGUCUUCUUUACAUUGUCUUAUCAUCUGGCAUAAAAAAACAGUUUUAACAUCAUUCACUUUUCCCGUCAUCUCGGUGCGCUUGGAACUCCUCAAGCUAAUUUAGCUCGCUAGCUGCGAACAAAGACGCGUUUGUGAGCAGCGCAUGCUAGCAAGGCUAAACAUGUUGACAGUGGAAAGCUGAGCGCGUUUCACAAAAUUCUGACUGGUAAGGAAGUACGCGAAGAAUGAUAGCUGAUUACGAGGAGGAUUUUUUUACAGCCAAAAAGGAGGACGAACGGCAGCAUCGUUGCGCGUUCCAUACAGCAGAUGUCAGUGAAGAUGAGAUUUCUUCUGAAGGGCAGGAGCGGCGCUCCAAGUUGGAGCAGCAGGUGCCAGAUCCCCCUCGCAUUAAAGAGGAAGAGGAUGAACACAGCAUCAAUGAGGAGGGUGACCAGCUUGAGGGGCUGGACUUUCCGGUGAUUCGCGUCGUUGUGAAGAGCGAAGACGACGAAGACGAGCCUCACUCCUCACAGCUUCAUGUCGGUGAUAGCGAGAAGCGAUCCCAAGCAGAAAGCCUCUUAGUUCCACUCUCGGAGAGUGAAGACACAAACUCACACUCUCCCGACACUGAUGAUGACGAACGCUCGAAAGGUGACAGGACAUGUCGUAGUGACAACAAACACUUGACCUGUUCCGUUUGUGGGAGAAGCCUUUAUGACAAGAAAACAUUGAAAGUCCACAUGAGGACGCACACAGGAGAGAAACCUUUCAUCUGCUCGGUUUGCGGGAAAACAUUCGCUCAGAGGGGGAAUUUGAUCAAACACACGAGAACGCACACUGGAGAGAAACCCUUCACUUGUCCAUACUGCAGCACAAGUUUCAGUGACAGUUCGACGCUAGUGAAGCACAUGAGGAGACACACGGGUGAAAAACCCUUCAGCUGCUCGUUGUGUGGCGAAAGAUUCUCUCGGAAGUCCAAUUUGACGACACACACAAGAACGCACACCGGAGAGAAACCUUUUGCAUGCUCGGUGUGCAGUGCGAUGUUCAGUGACCGUUCAACGCUGAAUAAACACAUGAGAACGCAUACCGGAGAGAAACCUUUCAGCUGCUCAGUGUGCGGCCAGAGGUUCUCUCAGAAGGGACACAUGACGACGCACACGAGACGACAUACCGGAGAAAAACCUUUUGCAUGCUCAUGUGGGAAAAUUUUUUCUUCAAAGUCGGGUUUGAAAGAACAUGUGAGAAUACACACUGGGGAGAAACCUUUUGCCUGCUCAGUUUGUGGUAAAACAUUUACUCAGAAGGGUCAUUUGGUGACACAUGCUCGAACUCACACCGGGGAGAAACCUUUUGCCUGCUCAGUGUGCGGUGUGAUAUAUGCUCGAAAGAUUCUUUUGACAAAUCAUAUGAGAACACACACUGGAGAGAAACCUUUUGUCUGCUUAAUUUGUGGUAAAAGCUUCUCUGUGAAAGUCAGCUUAAUAAGGCACACAAGAACACACACUGGAGAAAAACCUUUUGUGUGCUCAGUUUGUGGGAAAAGCUUCUCUCUAAAAGCACAUUUAAGAACACACACAAGAACACACACUGGAGAAAAGCCUUUUGCCUGCUCUGACUGUGGUCAAACGUUUUCUGAAAAGGGAAACCUAAGAAGACACAGGCGAACUCACAUUGUCGGUAAACCUUUUGCCUGCUCAGUUUGUGGUAAAAGAUUCACUCAGAAGGUAUAUUUGGGAACCCACACAAGAAUCCACACUGGGGAGAAGCCAUUUGCCUGCUCAGUUUGUGAUAAAAGCUUCUCCAUCAGGAGAAGUUUAAUGAGGCACAUAAGAACACACACUGGAUUGAAACCUUUUGCCUGUUCAGUUUGUGACAAAAGUUUCUCUUUAAAAGCACAUCUAAGAACACACACAAGAACACACACAGGGGAAAAACCUUUUGCCUGUUCAGUUUGUGGUAAAAGUUUCACCCAGAAGGGAAAUUUAGAAGCUCACGCAAGAACGCACACCGGAGAGAAACCUUUUUCCUGUUCAGUCUGCAGCUUAGCUUUCAUCGAUAGCACAGGACUCGUUCAACACAUGAGAACACACACCGGUGAGAAACCUUUUGCCUGCUCAUUUUGUGGUAAAAGAUUCUCCCAAAGACGCACUUUGACAACACACACAAGAAUACACGAUGAUGAGAAACCAUGAUCCACAAGUGUGCUGGUGAGAAAACCGACAGUAAAGAAAGCUUGAAAUAAAUUGGAAACAUUUACACGGUGUGGUGAGAUGUAAAAAGUAUUUGUGAUCCUGAAUAAAAUGCAAGUCUCCAAACUG